AUAUUUGCCAAAUUUCGUUGUGACAUGAAAAAUCAGAAAAUCUCACGAGCUCAAACUUUGCCGUGCUGGAACGCGUCCAUGGGAAAGUGUCUCUUCUCCCUGAUCCCAUUACUCGUGGGUUCUUCUUGCCCAAACACCCUCCUGCCCAAAAUACUCCUCAUUUCAUCUUGUUUCCCGACGGCCUGCACAGUUCUCACUGAACCCUGGUGGAUUUAUUCAUCUCUUUCAGCUCUUUUUUUGACCCCUUUUUUCUCCACGCUCUAAUAUCUGUGUGUUAUUGGAGUGUUCGCCUGCCAUCAUGGCGACGGGCGGCUCGCAGACGAACGCGAAGAGCUCUCUGAACGGGAGCAUGGAUUUAUAUCACAGCUGGUUCGGGUCUACAACUCCACGACCUCCUCUAAAAAACUACCUGCUCCUGACCAUCCUUACCUGCUUCUGUCCAGCCUACCCUGUCAAUAUUUUAGCCCUGGUCUUCUCUGUAAUGUCCAGAAAUAGUUACGAUCAGGGAGAUUACGAGGGUUCAAGGCGUUUAGGGAAGAUGGCGCUCUAUGUGUCCAUCGCCUCCAUCAUCAUCGGCAUCCUCAUCAUCACCAUCUUCUGCGCUGUGCAUUUUAGCGCGAAGGAUGUGUAAGAUGGCAGUGUUUUUGGCGAAGGACAUCCACUGGGUCGCUCUGUCUGCUGAGAUGUUUGUAAUGAAACCGGGAUCUGCAGCUCCCUGCUUUUAAAAGAGAGGUGGAUGAGUUAUGAGAAUUUUGCUCGAGUAAAUUUUAUAUACGCACCCGUGCACGUACCGUACUGAACAUGUAAAUAAUUUUGUCUUUUUCUAAUUCUUUUUCUGGCUAUCCUGUAUUGAAAUGUACAGCUGCAAACGGAUCCGGGGUUAAAUCUCAAUGCUAAAACGAUCAAUAAUGACCUUGACGCAGUCGCAACGCAUCACGCCGCGUCUCGAAAGCUCUUAUUCGGUUCUGUAAAAACUACUGGAAAUGUAAAUAUGACUCAUUUUUGGUGCUUAACGAUUCGCUCUGCCAGUCGAUCGUUAUAGUAAUGAAUGGGGUGUUCAUAUUCAUAACUUAAGUGUGUCCGUUUAAAUACUGAUUCUGUGUAUUAGUUAGUCAAUUGUAGAGAUGUUUUCACGAAUUAACUAAUAAAGUUCGUUUAUAAAGCUGAAA